CCUCUCACUAUACAAGGUCCUCCCACUGCAGAGCAGAAACCAUCAGGGGUCCAUCUCUCCCUUUAGUCAGGAGGAAACAGACGCACGGAUGCAGAGCACUUCUUCUCCAUAUGAAAGCCAGAAGACAUUCCUAAAGUGUAUUUCUGUUGGAUAAAAUAACCAGAUUCACCAAACAUCAUGUCGGGGAAAUCAGAUGGGAAAAAGAAGUGGGCAGCAGUCCGGGGCCGCCUGGGCUCCUCGCAGGACUCCGACGGUCAGCCGGAGGGCAACCUGGAGAGUGCCGAUGCCGAGCUGUGCAUCAGGCUGCUGCAGGUUCCCACCGUGGUGAACUACUCCGGGCUGAAGCGUCGCCUGGAAGGCAGCAACCAGACAUGGAUGGUCCAGUUCCUGGAAUUAAGUGGUCUGGAUCUCCUCCUGGAGGCCCUGGACCGUCUCUCCGGGAGAGGAUGCUCUCGCAUCGCAGAUGCUCUACUGCAGCUGACGUGCGUCAGCUGCGUCCGAGCAGUAAUGAACUCAUCAGCAGGGAUCCACUUCAUUAUAGAGAAUGAGGGAUACAUCCGAAAGCUCUCGCAAGCCCUGGACACCUCCAACAUCAUGGUGAAGAAGCAGGUGUUUGAGCUUCUCGCGGCUCUCAGCGUCUUCUCCUCCGACGGUCACCGCCUGGCUCUCGAUGCCCUGGAUCAUUACAAGGGCGUGAAAACGCAGCAGUAUCGCUUCAGCGUGAUCAUGAAUGAGCUGCAGGCCGCAGAUAAUGUCCCUUACAUGGUCACGCUCCUCAGUGUCGUCAACGCUCUCAUCUUUGGCACGGAUGACCUUCGGCAGAGAGAUAAAAUGAGAAAAGAGUUUAUCGGCCUCCAGUUACUUGAUAUCCUUCCCAAGCUGAGGGAGCAAGAGGAUGAAGACUUGAUCAUUCAGUGUGAAUCUUUUGAGGAGUCGAUGGCUGAGGAUGAGGAGGAGCUGCUGCGAGUGUAUGGGGGGAUUGACAUGAGUAAUCACCUGGUGGUGUUCACCGCCGUCUUCAAUAAGGUGAGCAGCUCUCCAGCUUCCCUCCAGCUGCUGUCCAUCCUGCAGGCCAUGUUGGUGCUGGAACCGGGUCGCACGGAUAUCUGGCUGGCUCUGGAGGCCAUCACCAACAGGGCCAUACUCCUGGCCGGGGACUCUCAGAUGGAGUCCUGUGAGAAGAUCAUGCAGCGGCUGACGUUUUCCAAAGGGAGAGCGUGUGAAGAACACCAGGAAGUAGAUGGACCUGUGGUGAAAGUGGAUAAGGCCGUUCAGACUAACCAAGAUCAGCAGGACAAUGUCGAGCCAGAGGAAGUCACCAACUCUACUCAGAAGCCAGUGUGUGUCCUGCCACCACCACCUCCCCCUCCUCCACCGCCUCCCCCACUUCCUGGAGGGUUCAGCAAUCCCCCUCCUCCACCACCUCCUCCCUUGCCGGGAAUUCCUCCUCCUCCUCCGCCGCCGCCACUGUUACCUGGUCCGGGCAUGGCUCCCCCGCCUCCUCCACCACCUUUACCCUGGAUGGGAGCUGGACCCCCACCUCCUCCUCCCUUACCUGGCAUGCCCCCUCCACCACCUCCUCCCCCUGGUAUGAUAGUGGCCCAGAGCAGCCAGACCCUUGGGUGCAGCACACCCGCAAAGGCUUAUCGAUGUCCCACUCUGAAGAUGAAAAAGCUCAACUGGCAGAAACUUCGUACUGUUACAGAUGGUGCUUCCAUGUGGGCCUCGGUCCAGAAGGACACGCCUCCUCGUGAGCCGGACUACACGAGCAUCGAGCAGCUGUUCUGUCUCCCUGUGAUUGAGCCCAAAGACAAGGCGGCAGUUACGCCCGUGAAGAAGGAGUCCAAAGAGAUUACGUUUGUUGAUCCAAAGAAGAACUUGAAUCUGAACAUAUUUCUAAAGCAGUUCAAAUGCUCAAAUGAGGAGUUUGUAGCCAUGAUCCAGAAUGGAGACCGGAGUCGGUUUGAUGUAGAGGUGUUAAAGCAGCUUCUUAAACUCUUACCAGAAAAGCAUGAGAUUGAGAAUUUGAAGUCCUUCCAAGGAGAAAAGCUUAAGUUGGCAACCGUUGACCGCUUCUACACCUCUCUCCUCUCUUUGCCAUGUUAUCAGCUGAGAAUUGAGUGCAUGUUGUUGUGCGAGGAGACUGCAUCGUUGUUGGAGAUGCUCAGACCUAAAGUGAAGCUGGUGGAGGAGGCCUGUGAUUCUCUCAGAAUGAGCACACUCGUGCCCAGUUUCUGCAGACGUAUCCUUGAUGUGGGAAAUUUUCUCAAUUAUGGAAGUCACACAGGGAACGCCGAGGGCUUCAAGAUCAGCUCUCUGCUCAGACUCACGGAAACGAAGGCAAACAAGAGCCGCAUCACACUGCUUCAUCACAUCCUGGAGGAAGCAGAGGCAAAUCACCCAGAGUUGUUGGCACUGCCAGAUGAUUUACACAUGUGUCAAAAAGCAGCUGGAAUCAAACUGGACUCUAUUCAGUCAGAAACGGGUGCCCUAUUAAAACAACUGAAAGAGACGGCCAAGAAAGUCUCCAACUCUGUGGAUGAGGUGAAAGAGAAAUAUGUACAAGUUCUGGAGGAAAAUCUGGAGGCAUGUCAAGUUUUAAGUGAAAGAUUUGGUGAGAUUGACAAGAAGAGGAGUGAACUGGCUGGCUACUUGUGUGAAGAUGCUAAUAAGCUGUCACUGGAGGAACUCUUUGGAACAAUCACUACUUUCCGAGAUCUUUUCAUCAAGGCAAUAAAGGAAAAUAAAAUGAGGAAAGAGCAAGCGGCCAAGGCUGAGAAGAGAAAGCAGCAGCUGGCAGAGGAAGAAUCCAAGAGACAAAAAGGGGAGAACGGAAAAAUAAUCAAGAAAGGCUUGGUGCUUCAGGAUGAGGGCUGCAUCAUCGAUCGAGUCCUGGCGGAUAUCAGGAAAGGUUUCAGCCUAAGAAAGACCCGGCCAAGGUGCGAUUCGGAAACCCUCCCUUCUAGUGAAAUGCGUAGAGAUACCUGCCCACCUGGAUCAAGUGUGAAAUCUGUAAAAGAAAAUGCCGUCGAAGCAACCACCAUCUCCACAACUCGGGCAGAGGGUCUCGCAGGCGAAGUGGGCAGCCCGUCAGACGGGACUCCGCCAGCAACUCGUCUACGUGCAGCACAAGGCGAGGCAGCUGCACCUCACAACACACCCCAAGAAGAGGCAGCCAGAGCAAGGCAGACUCCUUUGGAGAGGCCUGUUUUGCCACCGGAGGAUCAACACCCAGAAAAGCUUCCCUCUCCGGAUACGACUCCGCCUCAGGUUGACGGGCAGCUUCAAAGGUGUCUGCCCACCAAUGAGUCGCUGGAGGCCGUCGGGACAAGUGUGCUCAGUCCAUCUUCACUCUCGGAUUCAGACCUGCAGAAGGCGGUGUUGGAUGGCACAUCCAGCCCGGUACUUCAGGAGCCGGCAGAAAUGAGCGUAAACAUCCACACAGAGAAGUCUGACUCAUCUAAUACAGAAAUUAAAGUCAAACAAAGUAGUGAUAUCGGUUUAACGGGAGAUGGGGAAAAUGAAGCUCCGAGUCACUUACAAGAGCCCGUAGGACCAGAAACCUCUCGGGAAGAAAAGGAACAAAUUAUCGCUAGAACAUGCGGCCAAGAGGAGGUUAUAAGUAACAAACUUUCAGACCCUGAUGUCAGUGUGGAGACGCUUCGUGAAGCCAUUGUUGGCUGUGAUACGCCAGAUGGUCUCGAGCAAGAAGAUCUGCCAUCGGUGUCCGAAGUGGAGCCCGCCUCCCAGAAGCGAAAGUUCUUAAAGCGAAACAAAAAAAAGAGUAAUCAAGGUAACAGUGGGAAAGGACACACUAAACAUAAAACAGGCUGUGUGUUGCAGUGAGGUGUCUCCAGAAAAAGAUCAAGAGGAAAAAGGAAAUGCUAGUUUCACACUGCAGUUCUGAACUGGAUGGACUGAAUUUAUAUUUUAUAUUUGUGAACACAAACAUUGACUCUGAAGAGGAUGUAAAAGACACCCUUCAACAAAAUAUACUGCCAAGAAGACCUAGGCAUCCAAGGCUGAGGUCUAUGGGUGUUGACAUGUCACUUUAUAUAAAUUAUUUUGUGUGUUUAUUGUACAUAAUUGCAAGCUGUUUAGACAAAAAGGGGAAAAAAAGAUGCUGAAUGUGCUUUAUGUUUUGAAUAGGUGUAAUAUUCAGUGAAUGUGUUUUGCUAUAACCUUUGUUUACUAGCAACACCUACAAAGAUUUGAUGCAUUUAAUUUAUCAAAAAGAAACUGCUUAUAUCUUUAAUUUGUUUAUAUAUUCUAUGAUGUGCAUAAUAACAUGGAUUGGAAAU